CACGCCUCAGCUCGGGCCAACUCCCGGCCUCCCCUGGCCUCCCGCCAGAACCGCCCGCCACCUUUCUUCCUCCGCCCGCGACUGAGCGCCCAGCCAGGCCCAAGUCCACCCGCGCCCCGCGCGCGGCCGCUCGGCCCACGGAGCUGGCGGCGCGACCAGACCGGACCGAUGUGGCGCAUGCGUGGUUGCGCCACCCGGCGCGGGAGCUGCGGCGGGGCAGGCGGCGGGAGCCGCGGAGAGUCGGGCCGCUUGGGCCGGGCCCGUGAGGGCGGCGGUGGCGGUGGCGGCGUGGGUUGGCGGGGCCGCGCGGGCGGGGCCCGGCGACAGCUGGAGGAGCGCUUCGCCGACCUGGCGGCCAGCCACCUGGAGGCCCUGCGCGCGCGGGACGAGCGGGACCGGCAGAACGCGCGGCUGCGCGAGGAGAACGCCCGCCUGAGGCUGGAGAACCGGCGACUGAAGCGCGAGAACCGCGGCCUCUUCCGCCAGGCUCUGCGGCUGCCGGGCGACAGCGGCGAGCGGGAGGCCGCGGUCGAGACUCCCGGCCGGGACGAGCCCGCCACCCACCGCAGGGCGAGAGGCGAAGGCCGUGAGGAUGAGCCGGGCAGCCCCAGGGCGCUGCGGGCCCGGCUAGAGAAGCUGGAGGUCAUGUAUCGCCGAGCGCUGCUGCAGCUGCACUUAGAGCAGCGGGGCACGCGCCCGCCGGGAGACUUCGAGGAGCCAUCGCUCCAAGAAACUGCCACCGGCCUGCCCGCCCAUGACCCGGACGUUCCGGGGCCCUGGCUGUAGCCAGAGGCCGCGGCGGGAGGUGGGGCUUGCGCGCGCCCCGCCCCCAUAGUGCUCCGCGCUCCGCCCCUCUCAGCACGCGGAAGCUUAAGACCUGUGCUCCUGAACUCCAGCCCCACCCAAGGGCACUUCCGGGCGCCAAAUCCGUUGGCCUGAUGGAUAAAGAGAAGAAAGAGUUCCCAAGUUCCCACUUGUGCAAAGUAACUGCCAAGUACACUCACUGCUGGUGUGUUGAGAGGGAGCUAGCAACUCUAAGACCUGCUUUAAAGCAGCAAGAACUGGGUGCCUGGUCGCACCUCCUAAAUUCUUGAGGUUUUCAAAGUGUUGUGAGGACCAGUUUUUUUUUUUAUUUUUUUAUUUUUAUUUUUUAUUUUUGCCUCCUUCAGUCUUUGAUGCUUUGAAGGAAGAAUAGUGUGUUUGAGUUGGUAAUGCCUGUUCAUUCUCCUGUCCACUAAACUCUCUGCUGUUUUCUCUUAUACAACCCACCUUUUAAGUAUGUUUUGUAAAUUGCUAUUACUUGGGUAUCCCUCGAAGUACUACCUUUUUAUAAAGAAGAAAGUAUUUAUAAUUGCCCAUCACUCCAAUCCACAUAUGUUUAAUAUAUUCUGGUGUGUUGGCCUCCAGAGAUUUUUUUAGAGUAUCAUCUGAUAGGUGAUGAUUUGAGUUGAUAAAUAAAACUGGUGCAUUGAA